AUGAUGGCAAUAUCCGCCGUCCCGCCUUUGACGCACCUUCUUUAUCAACAUGAUCCGAUAACGUCGUUGUCGAUGCUCCCUCCACAAAAUGUCAAGCGUCUGGAGCCUUUGUCGCCGACAAAGAAACCGAAAUUGUCGCUGAACACUGCCGAUCUCGCCCCAACCUUUCAUGGCACAGUAAGCCGGCAAAGUGGCAUCACCACGAACUCCACUGCCACUCCCACCACAUUGAACACGUUCAACAACACAUUUGAUCUUACAUAUCGACCAUCCCCGGUGUCUACAGUGUCGUCACCAGGGACCCACUCUCGGUCGAAACCAAGCAUACAUCCGUCAUCGCCCAACACAAGGAUAUCCAAUCAGCCUUACAAUCUGAACCUGCCAUUUGGAGUCCAUCCUAUCUUGAAGAACAGUCCGCUUUGGAAGGACACUCGCCGUUCCUCGAUCAGCGCAAGCCCGCGGUUAGCUGGGCUAAAAGUGCUCUUUCCGGCACCGAAGAAAGUAACGUUUCGAGUACAACUGGAGGAUGAAAUUGUCACGAAGCGUUAUGUAGAGCGCCACGUCGACUUGAGCUCCUCGGAAGACGAAUCAGCCCCAUCAGAGGCAGACGAUCGAAGUAACACAGCGAGUGAUGAAGAGGCUGGCAAGGGCCGACCAACGAUUCGAGUAGAUGAGUUCUCGGUAAAAGGGAGGAGGAAACGGAAGUCUGUGGCGCUAUCUCGAUCUCCUGCGACUGAGAUUGGCCGUGGUAGGAAAGACAUGUCACGGAGUACAUCAACUCGCAGAUCGAAACGGAGGCGUAGGAGAUGGGAAUGGACCAUACAGUUGGAAGGGGCCGAGAGUUCGAAAGACUCAGUGCCAGUAAAGGAGUCUGAAGAUGUCGAAGGAGACCAAGCGUCAACAGGCAUGGAACUGCCGAUACCUCCUGCUCCCAGGGAGACGGAAAAG